UUUCUUGAGUCAGUUCCUGUGCUGCUGUGGAACUUCUCAGAGAUGCAGCUGUCUUUAACGCAUCCGUGCCUCUGUGCACUGCUUCUACUACUGAUGUCCAACCUACUUUUGUGGGAAGAAGUGGUCUCAAUACCCAUGUGCUUAAUGAGAAAUGGGCGUUGCCUUGCUCCUUUGGAAGUAAUGAUUGAUCGAGCAGUGAGAUUGUCUGAGAAAAUAAACAAACAAGCAUAUGAAAUGUUCACUGAAUUCGAUAAUCAGUAUGCCCAGAGCCACCAGCUCAUUAACAAGAACCUGAAAAAAUGCCACACAUCUUCGCUCGAUCUUCCAAAACCCAGGAGUAAGGCCCUAAUGACACAUCCAGUCAUCCUACUGAAAUUAGUGGAAACCUUACUGGAUGCCUGGAGAGUCCCUCUGUACCAUCUAGCGAAAGAAAUGCCUACUCUGAAAGGUGCCCCUGCUACCAUGCUCUCCAAAGCCAGAGAGAUUGAGGAAAAGAACGCUGGACUCCUGGAAGGGGUUAGGAGCAUUCUCAGCCAGGUUCAAAGUAAAAAUGAAGGGAAUGAGAAAUACCCUGCCUGGUCUGGACUGGUAUCCUUGAUGUCAGACAAUGAAGAGGAUCGCCAUUUUGCAUUUUAUAACUUGAUCCGCUGCGCAGGCAAAAAUGCCCAAAAGGUUGAAAUGUCUCUCAAGAUUGUGAAGUGCAGAAUAUUAAAGCAAAAAGACUGUUAAGACCUUUCCAUCACAUCUGUUUCCAAGAUGAUGCUGGAUGAUACAUUGCUGUGAAAAUUCCUUUAAGUUUUUCUCUCUUGAAUGUGUGCUGGGUAUGAUGGCUAUCUUCUUUUAAAAUAAAAACUGACUCCUCUCA